AUGACCACCCUACUGAGCAAUACGAGGCCACUUUCUUUGCCUCCGCCUACGAUCCUAGCUCCACGUGCUCAAUACACUACGUUGCAAACUCCCUCCAGUAUACCACAAGCUCCUCCUUCUUUGCCUCCAACGCCUCCUCCAUUUAAUCUACCUUCAUUUGGAGCACCAGAGUCUCAUGAAAAAGUCUCGUGGAAUGCCCUGCCAGCUCCUCCUGGAAUGGAAUCUGGAGGCGCUUUUAGCAUGGCCGCCAUCAGGAGAGCUCUGGCCUCAAAGCAAAAGACAGUUCAUUAUGACUUUGCUUACGCGGAUCGGGACAAGAUGGCGAAUGAAAUCAACGAAUUCUUUCAUCAUCACGAUCUCAUGUUUCUACAUGAAGGACAGGAGCUAUUCGAACAAAACUUUGCCUCAAAAUGGACAGAUGCUACAGUAGACCAGAAAACCAACUAUAUAGAAGCACAACUAGAUUUAUUGGAGUUGAAAAAUCCAACAGAGAGAGCUCACGCUUGUCGAAGACUAUUAUAUAUCGCAGUAGGCACUUACGCCGAACUACCCGCUGAUGCAAGCAUUGAUACCCAUCUGAAACUAAUUCAAGAAAACACUGAGUUGCUGCUCUCUUGCGGAGCGGUCUUGUACAUAUAUAGGGCCCUUAGAAUUGUCUCCAGUGCCAUGGACGUUGCUACUAGAGUAGCUGAUCCAGGGUUUUCUAUACAGGAUCGUCAGGCUAUAAUAGAUUUAGCUAAUAUUGAAGCUUCGGUUUGCUUGGCCACCUUGUACAUGAUUGUUGAAGUCAACCUUGGAAACGAGAGAUUGGCUGUCGAGUUGGGAGAAGGCGAUGUGCCUGUCGCAGGGCACCUCUUUGUAUUGGUGUCUCAACUAAGUGAUUCAAAUCGAAAACACUAUCCAGCAAAGAAGGCAAGUUUCUUUUUUGACAGGAAUAGUGGAUUGAAAACGUGUGAUGCCUCGAAGCCUCUUAAUCAUGUCUUGCUUUUGCUGUGGAAGACAUUAAUGGCUAGUUUGGGUGAUUCAGUACGUUUGCAAGAAUUAAAAAAUACUGCAAGGAGCAUGGAGGGUCUACCUUCAACCACUGCAGAGGAUCCAUAUGUCAAGGCAGCUCCCGGAGACUAUCAGCAAUUACAGACCAUCCUCACGAAUCGAUACCCCGCGUACGUUUUGCCAGAUGCUCACAUCAUGGCAACUCCAUCCGUUGAGAAACUUAAUCUUGCCGCAUAUCCACCUUCACCUCGUCCAACUCCUUGGGAGCCUCCAUCACCACUACAACCAUUUAUAAAUCCAGACCCGGAAACCAAUCCAUCCUUUUUCGACGAAACUAUAUCCAAAUUCAAGCAAUAUUCAUAUAUCUCGUUAGGAACUGUACAGUUUGCCAAAGAAAAAGCCAUCAAGGACCGGACGGAAGCUUCCAUGUAUGCAUCGGACAGAGCAAUGACCGGUGGUUGUAUAACAGAUUGGUUGCCCUCAGAGUCUUCUGUCGAAAGCGAUGAAUCAGCAAAAACGACUGGAUUAAGACACGACCACCAGAACAAGGAUGCGCUGGAGAGGAUUGACCAACUCUACCGAUAUCUGUUGCCCAAUAUGUCUACACAUAUAGUAAUGUUGGUUCGUUUGAUAUACUAUGUAAAUUUGGAUGGUCGAUCACAAGAUGGCAGCGGUGGACCACCGGAUGGUCAGUCGUUUCCAGACAACCAGUCGCCACAAAGUAGUCUGGAGAAUGCAGACGCCACACGGCAUAGAGAAGUUGUGACGAAGGCUGUAUCUGCCAUUAUAGUGGUUCUACUUAAAGCAACUAGAUGUCGCAACAUCUUCCUCUUUGAAUACAUCUCGCAGUUGCUUAUUGAUCACAAUUGUUCAAUAUUGGUUCUCAAACUCCUCUCGACGUGGUUUCAGAAUCAGAAUAACAACCCUAGCAAGCCGGUUGAUUUGUGGAAUGAUGCUCCUGCAUUGACUAGUGGAACUGCAUUGGCUGCUGCGUUUCUAAAAGAAUCAAUCGAACCCGCUCAGCUCAAUUUCUUCCACUUUUGUCGAAAACAAGACACGGACAAAGAAGGCAACGCUUCUCCACCCAUGGAAGAUAUAGCUUCUGUCAUAGAUAGCUACGACUCGCCAGUUGACGAAACCAACGAAACGAUCAACGAGAAGGAUGAUACACAAGAAUUCAACGUUGGAUCAUGGCGUAAUUUCUUUACAGUCAUAAAUCUAAUGCGAGUGUUACAAAAGUUGAGCAAACGCAAGUCACAUCGUAUUUUAGCAUUGAUUCACUGGAAGGCCUCAGCCGUAUUGAAACGAGUAGUGAAAGUUGGUCAUGUCGGACUCCAACUUUAUGCCCUCAAACUACUCAAAGGUCAAAUACCAUAUCUUGGUCGUAAAUGGCGGUCCAGUAAUAUGAAGGUGAUAACCUCCAUUUACUUGCAUCUAAGGCCAUACCUCCGAGACGAAUACCUGUCUGGUGAUUUAGAAGUAGAUGGUGAAGAAGCUCUAUCACAAGAACACCAAUUACGUGGUCUGAUUGCCUUUUACCAUCGACGGGUAUAUGGUGACUUGAUAAAUACCAAUAAUCCGGAAACUGCCAAUGGGUUCCCUAAAUCUGCACACGAGACUCAAGAUGAUUUGGAUCUGGUGUUGAUGCUCCAUGAAGCUGGAUCUAGAUCUCUACCAUCUAUUCGACCAUCGGAUCCACAUGCUUACCGUGCUUCAUCGCAAGAAUUGGAUGAAAACUUUAUACAGAAUUAUGAACAGUGGUUGCAGACUGAGGUGUUUGAGGCGGAACAUAAGUCGCCAACUCGUCGGCAACAUAGUAGUAGGUCUGAAAGCAGUGAUGAUGAAUAUGACGCAUGGGGGAUUAGAGAGACCUCACAUAUACCAGCAGUGACUGAUCUUCCUCCAGCCUACAAUGAUUUACAUGGAUUUAUUGCGACUGAUUGGGAUGAUUGGAUUGGAAACGAUGAGGAGGAGGAUGCAGCUGACUGGUCUGAUCCAGAACCAGACGAAGAGGCGGCUGAGAAAAAGGAUCCCGACCAAAAUGGAGAAGAUUCGGACACGGCUGCAACUAGCACAAAUACCCAAGAAUAG